UGAAGCACACAAAGAUAUGGUGUGUUGCACGUUAUUUUGUCUUCCUUAUUCAGGCUAGUGCCAGUUGGUAUGAAUAGAAUGAUAGAAUUAUCUUUGGGUCCUUAGUUGAUCCUUGCAAGCUUCUCUAUGCUUUGAAAUACAGGAUGAAUGGUUGCCAAGUUGGGUGAGAGAUUUGGUAGGGUUAGAGAAUGACAGGGGAGCUCAUCUUCAACACGCAUAUCAAACUGCAGGUUUCAUGGAGAAGCCAGCAGCCUAGCAUGUCCUAUAUAUAUAUAUGCAAAAGGGUUAAGUUCUGGGCUCUUGUAGUUUCCAGAAACGAAGCAAGACAAACAGAAGCAUUUCCUGUCAAAUAUGAGUUCUGUAAGAGGGUUUGGAAAUAUCGCCAGAAGAUGGAGAGAACUCAACGGAGCGAAUUACUGGAAGGGGCUACUUGAUCCUCUUGACGUCGACCUCCGCAAGAAUAUCAUCAACUACGGUGAGCUCUCACAGGCAGCAUACACUGGGCUCAACAGAGAGAGAAGAUCAAGGUACGCUGGGUCUUGCCUCUUCAGACGCAAGGACUUCCUCAGCAGGGUAGAUGUAUCAAACCCUAAUCUGUAUGAGAUUACAAAGUUUAUAUAUGCAAUGUGUACGGUGAGCUUGCCGGAUGAUUUCAUGAUAAAGCCGCUGUCAAAGGCCGCAUGGAGCAAACAGUCAAAUUGGAUGGGGUUUGUUGCUGUGGCCACCGACGAGGGUAAGGAAGUGCUUGGGAGGCGGGAUGUGAUGGUGGCAUGGCGUGGGACAAUACGGGUGCUAGAGUGGAUGGAUGACCUUGAUAUUUCCUUGGCGCCUGCUUCAGAAAUAGUACGGCCAGGCAGUGCCGAUGACCCCCGUGUUCAUGGAGGAUGGUUGUCCGUCUACACAAGUACUGACCCAGGGUCUCGGUACAAUAAACAGAGUGCACGAUAUCAGGUGUUGGAUGAAGUUGAAAGGCUACAGGAUUUGUACAAGCAAGAGGAGACCAGCAUCACCAUAACAGGCCAUAGCCUUGGGGCCGCUCUUGCAACCAUUAGUGCCACCGACAUUGUGUCCAACGGCUACAACAAGACCUGCCCGGUCUCGGCCUUCGUGUUUGGUAGCCCCAGAGUGGGCAACUCUGACUUCCAGAAAGCAUUUGACAGUGCAGAAGAUUUGAGGUUGCUCCGUGUCCGGAACUCCCCUGAUGUGGUCCCAAACUGGCCAAAGCUGGGUUACAGCGAUGCCGGCACAGAGCUCAUGAUCGACACAGGGGAAUCACCCUACAUCAAGAGCCCCGGGAACCCCUUAACAUGGCAUGAUAUGGAGUGUUACAUGCAUGGGGUUGCCGGGACACAGGGGAGCAAUGGAGGGUUUGAGUUGGAAGUUGAUCGGGACAUCGCGUUAGUGAAUAAACACGAAGAUGCACUGAAGAAGGAGUAUUCAAUUCCGUCGUCUUGGUGGGUGGUUCAGAACAAAGGUAUGGUGAAAGGCAAGGAUGGCCGGUGGCAUCUGGCCGACCAUGAGGAUGAUGAUGACUGAUCCUUUUACGUGAUGCAGUUAUCAGUGCGGCAGCUGGGCAACAAGUUGCAACUAACGAGCUUUCCUUUAAAACAUGGGAAAUAUUCUUCAUGUGUUAAACUGUUUGAGAAGGAAGAAAUGCAUCCUGUUAUGUUUGAACUAAUAUUUUUCAGUGAAUUGUUAUUUGCUUUCAGGACCAGUGACUUUAAAUAACUCUCAUCUAUCUUGCUGUAAUAAAGCCUUAAAUUUGUUUAGCUGUGUGUGACGUUUUCCUGCAUGAACAAUGUUAAGAACUUAUCAGCUUUGUGCAUUCUUUGAUAA